CAAAAUGUGAUAAAAGAGAUAGUGAAAUUCGUGCCGCUAUUCAACUUCUUUUUGGUAUUUAAACUUGUUUGGCUUAAUAGUUUUGACAGCUGCUGCGCACGCAGCGUGGAAACAGAUGUGAAAGGUACAGAAAAUGCCUGAAAUACCUGGGUGAAGUAAAAACCUGGCAGGAUGCCAAAAGUUUUGUUUCCAUGUGACUUGGAUCACUGGUGGCGUGUAAAAGACAAGCUACAUCAACUAAAGAAAGACUGCCAACUAAGGGAAGACUUUGAUGUUAAAACAAUUGCUCAGGAUCAUCAGAUAGUGGUGGAUGUAAAUCAGGGUAUUUUUGUAACAGAGCAUGUAAACUGGGGAGAAACUGUGUACUAUGGGCUUGUAAAAUACUUCAGAAAACAUGCAACUGCUGAAGAACAGAAUCAAUUUGUAAAAAUAACGUUUCCAUCCAUUAUUGACCUUGCACUUGAUAUUGAGGCCCUUCUUCCUACAGAUGGAAUUGACAUAAGUGAACAGCAAAAAGGUGGAACAUGUGAAAUCAGUAGAAAAUUAUGUUGUUCUAUUGUGGCAUGUGGGUUUCUCUGCUUGUUCCCAGUUGGCUGGGGAACCAAACUGAACAAGAUUAACUUUAACAAAUUCUUUUCAAACUUACCUAUACCAUCCCAGAAUGCCAAGUUGCGAUGUAUUCUUCAUUUCUUUGAGAGAGUGACGGCAGAGAGAAACACGCUGAAUGGGGCACUGCUGUUUACCAGACAGGUGAUCAAGAGGGAAGAGUUACCUACCUUGGAUACAUGGUUGAACUGUACAUCAGAUCUGUGUCAUGUGGACGUACGACAACAUGGUCUCAUUGAAGAUGCUGGCUGUAAUACAGUAGAGGUUGACUUUGCAAAUCGGUAUAUUGGGGGUGGAGCUUUGAGUCGAGGGCGUGUGCAAGAAGAGAUACGGUUCACUGUAUGUCCAGAGCUAAUUGUGUCCAUGCUUUUUAUGGAAGUAAUGGAAGAGAACGAGGCUAUUAUUAUACAAGGUUUUGAGCAAUUUUCAGCUGUAGAAGGUUAUGCUGCCUCUCUGAAAUAUGUCGGAGACCAUAAAGAUAAGGCUGAGGUUGAUGAGAAGGGUAAUUUAAAGAACAUGUUGACAGCUAUAGAUGCGGUCUCAUACAAACAUAGCAAUAAAAAUCAAUACCAAGAUGAUAAUGUCCUCAGAGAUCUUAAUAAGGCUUUUACAGGAUUUAACACACCAUUUACACUGCCACCUGGUGUUUGUGCUAGAAGUUUAAGUGAAGAAAGUUACUUCACUGCCAGAGAAAGUGAUGUAGAUGAAACUGAUAGUGUACAAGAACAAGAUUUGAUGGGCAAUCGACAGAUUGAUGUUUUUGUUGAAGAGCUUCUUCAAGGGGCAAUGACUCAUGCUCUGUUAGAUGCUUCCAAAGUUAUCUCCAGCAGAGAAGAGCGCCAUGAACAUGAACUGCCAACUAGUGGCGGAGAACAUUAUUUACACAGACAAUCUAGUAUGGAUCAUUUAGAGGUUAAUUUUAGAGACUGGUAUGCCAACUACCGACGUAGAAGCUCCAAUUUGAGUGACUUAAGUUCGCGGCGUAGUAGUUAUGAUCUAGCUUCACGCAGAAGCAGUGCUUGUAGUGCAAGGGGAUAUAGUUCCGAGUACAGCUCCGAGUUUGAGGAAUAUUACGAUAAUUUUCAACAACAGGAACAAAAGUACAAAUAUCAUACCAUUAAAGAAGAAGUGGGCUCUACGACUGUCAGUGAAUUCGCUUCAACUUUGGCUGCCAGUUUACUAAGGCAGGGUGCGGAGGAGGCUUCUGGUUUCAUACCACAUAAUUUUCAUGGAAGUCAACCAAGUUAUGACAUUCAGCGACCAUUACCAGUUAGAGUUUCAACAGCAAGUUUAUCCACUUUGGACUCAAUUGAAAAUGAAGAAGCCAUUGUAAGGGAAGACUGUAUAAGACAAUAUGUAGAUGAAAUGUUUGAAAUAAUUUGGCCAUUUUCUGACAAUGAUAUAGAGGUAGAUGAUGGUACCACACCUGGUGCCGAAAUAAAACAGAGGAUAUUAGAAUACAAAAGUGACUAUUUUAACAACAUUAAAAUCAAUGUGCUAAGGGAUAGAAUAAAUGAUGGCGAAGGUGAAAAUGAUAAAGUUGAAGAUGAGCAAAAUGAAAUUGACGAGCGUCUGCUAGUAGCUGUUGCAGACCGAAUGGUUACUAUAGCUUUUCAAGAAGCUUUAUUUGAAUAUCGCUAUUUAAUGAGUACUUUUGAUAAGAACAUGCUUCAGAUUUCUGAGAGUAGCCAAUCAGAUCAUUCCAUUGAUGCUAAGGACCAAUCAGAAUUAAGCUCAUCAGAAAGUAACCAAUCGAGGAGUAAGAAAAAUUUGAAUUCAAAUUCAAAUUUAGAUCCAGCAUAUAGAGUAGCAGAAAAAGUGCUAUCAGGACUUUUUAGUAAGAAAGAAACAGAAUUACCUUCAAACAUUAACCCUUCAUUAGCUGAGCCCCAAAGCAAUAUUCCUAAACAAGAAAUCUGUGAUACUAAAUUAUUGGUUGUAGAGAGUAUUUCUCCAAAGUCACAUUCCACAAAUUCAGACGAUAGUGAACUCUCCGCGGCGAAAAGGCGGGAAAUGUUCAGUAGGAUAGCUGAUAAAGAAUUAUCCAGUGGUCUAACCACACAACUAGAAAGUGAUGAACAUUCGUGCAAUGAUAAUUUAACCUGUUCUUUAAACCUGUCAUCAGAUUCCUCACAAAGUGAUUCAAGCUUAGGUAGACAACUCUUGUCAUCCUCACCAGCACACUGUGAUUAUAAAGAAAGUUCUAGUCAGUCUAAGUCAAAGAGCCCCACUAAUUGGGCUGAGUUCAGAAAGAAAUCAAGUAGCAGUGAGUCAAAGUCAUCAGAUUCCAAAUCGUCCGACAGUAUUGCAAUUAAGAACUCUUCUAAAACUGAUCUAAAAGUGUCAAAAUCACUUUCUCCUAAAAAAUAUCCCAUUUCACACAAUAUAUCAGAGAGACGUUCAGUACCAACUCUGUUUCCCCAGAAAUCAUUGGAUAGCAGUGAUAGAGGUAAAAUAAAUGAUUUGAAAUCCUCUACUCGCAAGGAUUUACAUAAUUCUGAGGUACUCGGUCAAGAUUCAGGCCCUGGUCUAUCGAGAAGUGGGUUAAAGAGUCAGACGGGCACAAAAACAAAUAAAUUACAUCACUUAACGCCACAGCAUGCUCGACUUGUGAUGAAACCUGGUCAAUACUUUUCUACCGGCAAUAAAAAGAAUUACGAUCAGUUUGCAAACAGUCUUUCACGUGAUCUGUUGACAAAUGCUUUCCUUCAAGUACAAGAGCACAAUGAACCAGUAGCAUAUCCACGUCGAAGUAGCGAGCCAAUGCAGAUAUCCAAUGGUGCAGCGCUUCAGAGAUAUGAGCAUUCUUUCCACACGAUAAAUGGAAAACGAAGCAAGAAAAGCAAGACUGAUGAAGAUAUCUCACAGUUUGAAGCUGACUGGAUGCAGCAGUAUCCUUCAACUUCUUCUAGUGGCUUCAGAGAUCCAGUUUUAUCUAGGUUUGCAGAAGAACUUAUGAAAGCAAAUGUAUCUGUUCCGGCACUUCAACUCACAGUUGCCGGGGACAACGUCAGUAUCAGUGGUUCAAGUCACUCUGUGUGCAGCACUAUCAGCUCAUUUAGAGACCCUUUACUUGCUUCAUUUGAAGAAGAACUUUUAAAUUCUGCCGAUAAGAAAUCUGCCAAAACGCAGACGUCGUGGUCAAGGACCCGGGGCUCUAUGUGUUCGCCGCGUCUUGGUGGAAAUAGUAACAGUUCAAGUAGCAGAGAGAGUAAGAAACAGCUUGGUAUUAGCAUUUCUAUGGAUAGUGAAACAAGUUGGAUGUCAAAUAGAUCAAACAACGCAGUGCAAUCACGAUCUGUAUCUGACUUUGCUGAUACGCUGUCACGGAGAAUUGUGUGCGAAGCUUUGACAGUUGUUUACAGGGCCUCAUCAAGUUCCGGUGACUUUGAUCUGGAGGAUGUUCCAUUAUUUGUUGAUUUGUACAGCAGUAUGCUGGCUGUUAGUAUUUUAAAGUCGGCUCUGCAGACGGCAGAUAUGCUUGGCCCUGAUUGGUUGGACCAAAAUAGAGUGGUCACAUGGUCAGAGGAAACUAAUUGUGUUCAUUAUAGUGAAGAUGACAAUUUGGAUAGCUCUGACCAAAGUAGCAGUCCAGAAAGAGUUGGAAGUUGUACAGAGUCUGCUAGAAGUUCGGGUGAUUAUGAAGAUGCGUUAGACAUUCCAUAUCAACGUUUAGAGGAGUUUGCUGAUGUUCUUGCUUCUAAAGUGCUCAUCAAUUCCGUGGCAAUAUCAAAACGAGAAAAUAUGUGUUCAAUGAGGAGACAAUAUGGUAGACCAGUUGCUACAGGUAACUGGGGUUGUGGAGCAUUUGGUGGAGAUCCUCACUUAAAGUCCCUACUACAGUGGAUGGCAGCAAGUUACGCUGGAUGUCCCUGUUUGUUGUAUUACACAUUCAGAAAUCCACAAAUGGACAAGUUACAGGAUGUAGUGGAUACUGUGAUUGACAGAGGAUGGGACGUCUCGAAACUAAUGCAGGUCGUUCGCCGUUAUUGUAUAAUAGCUGAGAAGGAAAUGACUGAACAAGGAUACAUUUCACGAGAAUUAUUUGAUAUUAUCUUACAGGGUGAAAUAUUUCCUGGUGUCUGACUGAAACAGGGGGAAUAAAAAUGAUAGCAAUUUUAUUGAUUUUUUAAAAUAACUCCAAAGAAUGUCAGUCUAUGUUGUUAUGCUGUCUCAUGACAGUUAUAUAUUUGUUGACACUUGUUAAUUGAAAUUAAGUUUAAAAAACUGAAAGGGACUUCACUGAGGUUUUCAGGACAUGAUGGGACUGGACAUAUUUGUUCAUGAUUUGUGUAUGAUUUGUUCAAGAUUUGUGUAUGAUUUGAUGUAAAUUUGGAUCAAUAACUUGUAUGCAAAUUUCCAGAUAAUUCUGUCAUGCUGUUUUUCCAGAAUAAUCAAAUUUGUUGUGCCAAAAUGACCCAAAUGCAACACUUUUCUCUCAAAUUGGGCUAGAAUUGCAUAGAAAAAAAAUCUUUUGCAGAUUUUUCUAUCUUAAGUGCUUUACUUGAUCUACAUAUAAGAAAUUCAAAUUUACAUUUUUAAGCUUUUUGACCUCAGUGGAGCCCCUUUAAAAAUUUGGUUGAUAUAAAAAGAGAUUAUUUGUUUGCUAUGUAGUAUUUUUAUUUUUGCUAUUUUGUACUGAAAACCUUAAAAGCGUUGGUAGUGAAUGACAAAAAAUGAGAAAUUUAAGUCAUGGUUAUAUUUCACUGAUCAAAUAUUAUAUUUCACUUGUAUGUUAUACAGUACAGUCAAACAUGUCUGUAAGAACUAGAUUUCUGUAUUGAAAAAAAUGUAGUCUUAUUUUUACUUCCAAUAUCUUGAAACGUGUAUUUUAAGAAUCCUUGGUGCCCAAAUUGUUUAGGUUGCGUUCCUAACUUUGAAUCAGUUGGUUCUGAGUUUGUCUAUAUUUAGUCUUCCUUCCAUGAUGUCAUAUUAACUAAGGUUUUACUGAACUUGAUAAAUUAGAAAUAAAAUAUACAUCACUUAAUUAUGGCUUAUCAAUUUUAUAAGAUAUCUGAAGUUACAUACUUACCAUUCAACAUGAAAUAAAUGUAAAAUGUUUUCUUUUUAUUGUUUUGAAUAUGCCAGUGAAAAUAUGUUUAUAUUUGAUGACCGAAAGAACUUUGGCAUUUAAAGUUAUGAACCCGGCUAUCCAUCAAUUAGUAAUUUUGUUUCCACUUUGUGUAUUUUAAACUGGAAACUGUUUGGCUGAAAUAUCAACCAUAAAUAGAUGAUGUAAAUUGUACAGAGUCCUUGGAUCAAGGUCAUAAUGUAUUGAUUUCAAAUUUUUAUGGCCAUUAUAUUUUAAACCGAUGGGAAGAAUUAAAAUUGUUUGACAGGAAUGCUUUUUAAGAUCAUUUCAAUAGGUUAAGGCUGACUCAGACUAUGGGUAUACUAAGUCAUUUAAAAAUCCUUAUUACAGUUUUUAUCAAAGGGAGAACACUCUGUAAUGACUACCGUAGCUGAAAGAUUAUUUUUCAUUCCUUAAACAAAUUUGCGUAUUGGCUAAUAUUGCCUGGCCCUUUAGUGCAAUACGAGGGUUGAACGGGAAGUUCUGAGAAUUGUCCUCCGACAGUUUUGUAUAUCAUAUGCUUUCCACAAGAAAAUGGGGGAAAAUGUCUUUUGAUAUUGGAAUUGUUUUAAUGGUCAUUAAUAAUUACUAAUUUCCCUGAAAUUUUAUUUAUUUUUUAUUAUGUAUAAUUGCAAAAGUCACAUUUUUGUAGUAUUGUUUUGUUUAAUAGCACAAUCAUGUUCUAAUUUUUGCUCAGUAUGUUUUUUUUUAAAAUUAGUAAAUAAGUACUGCAUUAUAAAAUGUGAUUUAUUUACAAUAGUGGAAUAAGAUUUGUUAAAUCAUUUUUCUUUAUGAGUGUUUUUGUGUGUAUUUUUGUUUGUUGAAGAAAUAUUGUUUCAGGUUUAUAUAAAAAAAAAAUAGAGCUUUAACUCUUGGAAUAUGUAAAAUACAUUUGGAGGGGACAUGUGAAGGAGGGUAGGGGUGUAAGGAGGAGGGUAAGGGUGUAGGGAGGAGGGUAUGAGUGUAGUGAGGAGGGUAGGGGUGAAUGAAGGAGGGUAUGAAGGGAGGAGGGUAGGAAAGGGAUACAGGAAUGAAGGGAGGAGAAGAGGGAUGGUUGGAAGAAGAGUAUGGGGUGACGCAGGGAAGAGGGUAAAGAAGGGAUACAGGAAUGAGGGGUUAAGAGGAGGGGUGGUUGGAAGAAGAGUAUGGGGGUGAUGCAGGGAAGAGGGUAAUGAAGGGAUACAGGAAUGAGGGGUUAAGAGGAGGGGUGGUUGGAAGAAGAGUAUGGGGGUGAUGCAGGGAAGAGGGUAAUGAAGGGAUACAGGAAUGAGGGGUUGAGAGGAGGGGUGGUUGGAAGAAGAGUAUGGGGUGAUGCAGGGAAGAGGGUAAUGAAGGGAUACAGGAAUGAGGGGAGGAGAGUAGGCUUGGUCAGAAGAAGAGUAUGGUGGUUGACGCAGGGAAGAGGGCAGGUGUGAAGUAAAUUAUGGGCUGGAAAACAGAAAGUAGUGGAAAUGAAGCAAUUUGAGGGCAGGGAAGAUCUAGGUUGAAUGCAAGAAUAGAGGCGUGGAUUGUUAGGGUAGAUGAGAAUGCAAAAGGGUGAAA